AAGAAGAAGGCCAGUAGCCAGUUAGAGCCAUUAGUUGCUGUAAUGUAAGCAAGUGCAGCUGGUGAAGGCGGUGGCUUGGAGCACUGUUGUCAAAGCAUUUUGAUAAGGCUGUCAUUAUGCGGCGAGGUGAGCAUGUUCCACAGGCUUUCCAGGCCCCGGUGGAUGUCCAUGCCAGUGCAGACGGCCAGGUUUACAUGUUCAGGAGGAUGCCGAAUGAGUCUUCUGUGUCCUCGGAUGAUGAGGAGGAGCUCACGGUGAUGGAGAUGAGGCCCCGAGUUUUGCGAGAACACGAGCCGGACAGACUGAGGAACAUGGAGCUGCUCGAGCGGGAGGUGUUGGACGAUGACAAUCUCAACAAGCUCGCAUUACAAUACGGCUGCAAGGUAGCAGAUAUAAAACGGGUGAACAACCUUAUGCAGGAACAAGAUUUAUUUGGACUCAAAUCUAUCAAAAUACCAGUUCAAAAACAUAGCUUUUUAACUGAGGCUUCCACAGACCUUAGUUACGCUCAAGUCGAGAUGCCACAUACAUCCAGCACUUUAGUGAAGCCUCAGGAUAGAGCCAGAGCCCAACCACAUCUACAGGAGGUCACAGACUUUCUAAUGGAGGUGGACCAGGAUAUUGAGAGACUGAUUCAGACCACGGAUGAUCAAGACGAAGAUAUUUUGGCAAACUCCGGGAACAGGCUGAAGUUUGAUCCCAAAGGACAGAGCCUGACCGGUCACGGCUCCGACUGGGGAAUCCAGUGGUGGAACGCUGUGGUGGCCAUGCUCCUCAUAGGCAUCGUCCUGCCCUUAUUUUACGUCAUUUAUUUCAAAACAAAAGAUAAUGGAGUAGUUUCACCAACAGAUGACGGUGCAGCGACACCGACCUCUGCCAACUCUUCACACACCUCAGCUCUAGGCCUUGUUACAAGAGGAGCUGGAUAGUACAGCUCAGAAAUCUAGAAUAUUUUCUGAGACUUUUAGCCAAGAUGAAGCCAAAUCCUAAACAUUAAACUCAAGUGCAAUACCACCAUGUCUCUACCCUCCACCAGCAAAUGAAACCUUGUGUAUAAGAACUUUGAUAGUUGAGGCAAAUUCCUCCAUGGUCGUGUAUCAAUGAAAUAUUUCUAUACUGAUCUAAUACUUCUAAAGUAAUUGAUUCAGAGAGGACUAAUACUUCAAUAGUUUGAUUUGUCCUCUUGGUUCAUGUGUUGCCAGUAUGACUUACCUUUUUACUUUUGACCCUGGAAUGAGAGGUCGCUUUUUUUUACCCCACAUGGAUUGUGCCCUGAAUUUGCGCUUAUGCCAAGGUAAUUGGAGGGAUGUAUAACGUAUUAAAUAAUAUAUAAAAUUGUUGAACUAUGUGUGAUAAAACAUAUUCUUCAAUACUGAUAUAUCUCUACUAGGCCUACAUUAGCCAACCAAUAGAUCGGUCAGUCUCUAGUAUUCGAUGGUUUUGCAGACGUCUGCUCUAGUCUCAUUUCUGUGGAGGCUUUAAUCAUGACCUGUCUGUACAGCAGUGCCUGUUUUCAGUAUUAACACACCAUCAAGUGUCAUCAUAUACGUUUUAUACCACAGGUACAAUCUCUAUCACCUCUCUUGGUAAAGUAAUAUAUUUUUAAACUUCAUCUUAAUGUGACUCUCAAGUGUUUUUGCCAUGGGUUUGAGCAGUAUACUCAUGUGCUUUGUUAACUUAUUUUUGUGUGUCUGUGUGUUCAUUGUUAAGUUAUUGUCAUUCACCUCAUUGCCUUUUCUCUAGGUAUUUGAUACAAUGCUGCUUAAUGUGAAAACUGUGUUUACAUAAUCAAAGUGGUGCAAUACACUUAGUCGUGUUAGAUUUUUAUGUGCUCAUUAUUAGACAACUUGCGAUCUUAAGAAUACAAAGAUUAGCAUUUUUGGAAAAUGACGUGAUCAUCUCUAGGUUCUUUAAAAUGAACUGUGAGGUGAAGCAAAGUGCCUUCAACUUUUUAUAGUAUCGCACACUUUGUCUUACAUUGUGAGCUUGUGUGACUUCACCUAUGCAGUUUUAAAGUCUGAAGAGUUUUGAACUUGUGAAACUGGAACAGAUAUUUUACUGACAUAUUUUCAAACCUUUACUUCAGUGUAACAGUUGUUGGUGGGAUGUUGGACACAAUGAAUGUGCUAAAAUAUUUUCUCAGCAUGGUCCUAUUUGAAUACAAACUUUGUGAAAGUG